CCUAAUUUCGAAACGUGACAACUCAGAAGGCUGAAAGACUGUUUCGGUUGUUCUGCUAAAUCAUCGCAUCUCAGUGUUUUCGCCGUCGUUUGAUCGUCGCCGGCCGCCGUUCAUCACAGCAGCGUUUCAUAUUUCAAUGAAGAGGUAUUUUCCCCAACUACCAAAAUCAAGUUUGGCAUCUCAUAAUCAAUCUAACCAGGAGGAAAAUGCCAAUCAAUCAGAAGUAGCGUUGCAUUCUUCUCAGAUGACUUCUUAUCAAGUUAAGCAUAAGUAUACGUUUCUCUUAACUUCUUCAAUUGAUGUAGUAAGACUUCUUAUAAAUCAAGGAAUCACAUUUGGGGGUCAUGAUGAAUCUGAAUCAUCACUUGACAAUGAUGAAAGAGCAAAGGCAAUGGGAUAUCUCAGAACUUGUCAAACGUUUAAGGUCGCUUUUAUGCUGCAUUUGAUGAGAGAUGUUUUAGAAAUCACAGAUGAACUAAGUAAAUCUUUACAGAAGAAGGAGCAUGACAUUGCUAAUGCCAUGCUAUUCCUUGAAAAAGCAAAGACAAUGUUGCAAAAGUUAAGGGAUAAUGGAUGGGAGUCGCUUAUUGAUAAGGUAUCUGCAUUUUGUACCAUGUAUGAUAUUUUGAUACCUAAUUUUGAUGAGCCAUAUGUUGACUCUGGAAGAUCGCGGUGUAGACCUGCUUAUUGUAAUGUCUUACAUCAUUAUCGUGUUAAGGUGCUUUAUAAAAUUGUUGAUUGGCAACUUCAAGAACUCAAAGGUCGGUUUGAUAAGAUGACAAUUGAUUUGCUUCAUGGAGUGUCUUGUUUGAAUCCAAUUAACUCAUUUUCUAGUUUUGACAUCAGGAAGAUAAUGAGAAUGGCUGAAUUAUAUCCUGAUGACUUUCAUGAGUAUAAUAUGAAUGCUCUUGAAAAUCAACUUGCAACUUAUAUUAUUGAUGUUCGUGAUAUUGAUCAAAGGUUUUCCAAUCUAAGUGGACUUUCCGACCUUUCAAGGAAAUUAGUUCAGACAAAGAAACAUUUAAAUUACUCUCUUGUAUUCCUCUUAGUGAAGCUUGGUUUGCUCCUACCAGUUGUCACUGCAUCCAUUGAAAGAGAUUUUUCGGCAAUGAGGUUUAUCAAGAAUGGCAUGCUGGACCGAUCCAAUGAUGAACUUUUUAGCGGUUGCUUUGUGCCUUACGUAGAAAGAGAAGUAUUUAAUACUAUUUCUAACGAUGUUAUUAUAAAAACAAUUAAAGAGAUAAAAUCUCGUCGAGUAGAGUUGUAAUAAUGUAUUGAGUUGUGCUUUCACUAGUAGAGUUGUGUUUCUUUGGUUUUUUCA